GCAAGAUUAUUUACAUACAUCCGCGCUCACGGGCCUUCCCCCAGCCCUUCUUUAGCCUCCUAGUCCCCCUAAAUCUCCUCAGCGAAACCAAAACAGUUUUGAGCCCCUUCCCUGCGGCUCCGGAAGCACCAUUUCCAACUCGGUCCCAGCAGCUCCGCUCCUCCCCCGUCCCCCCUCGCCCUGGCCCUUGGCGGGCGGGGAAGUCGGGGUAGGGGCGAGACCACGAGGAGCCCAAAGGCAGCAACAUGCCGGAGUCUUCCCAGAGUAAGCGCUGUCGCCUUUUGCCCCUUUCCAGUCCCUUGCUUGGCCCGGCGCUUCCUUUCACUCUCUCUUGCUCCCAAGGCGGCGCCGCUGAAAGGGCUCCGCAGAGGGGUUCGCGGCGCGCACACAAAGGGCGCUGGGGAGGCGCGGCGGGAGCCGACAGCGGGGCGCUGACGGGUCCCGCGCAGCCCCAGCCGACCCCAGAGGCCAGCUCUUCCCGGUCGAGAGCCAAGCGCCGGGCGGCCGCUGCCGAGGGCGGGGAGGAGGGUGCCUGUCCUUUGGGAGGUGGCUGCCCGGGGGGCAGUUGGGGCGCGCGUGGGAAAGGCUCCCGUAGAGUUGGGGAGGAAUUGAGGUUGAAGCCGAGGAAGGAGGGGCCGGAGCAGAGAGUGGAGGCGGGCGGAUGCCCUGAAGCCUGAGGAGUUGGUGAGAAGCCGCUGCGCGGGCAAAGGCUUCUACACGCGGACUCCGACUGACUCCAGGACGCGCCUCUUUGGAGAAGAGUCCCGGACCCGCCGCCGCCGCCGCCGCCGCCUCCAGGCAGCGGCCGUCGGGCAGCCGGCGCUGGCUGCCUUGGCCGCCAGGAAAGCGCACUCAGGGCGGUGAUGGUGGAGCGGCCGGCCGAGGCUCGGCGCUGGGCUCCCCCCCGCCGGCGUUCGGCCUCCGCUCUGCCGGGCGCUCCCCGCCAGGGGGCGGCGCAGCGCGGAGCGAGCGGGCUGCGGCGGGCGGCGGCCCGGUGGCGGGGUCGGUAAGGGAGCAGGCUUGGAGUCACCGCCUCCCCUGGGCACGUCGUCGCCCCCCGGCGCCUCCCGGAGUCCAGAGUCUGCGGAGGCCGCGUGGUCUGCACUUCGACCUUCCUAUGUUUGCUGUGUUGCCCUUUGGAGACAAAACAAGGCCGGUCUAGUAGACCACAACUACACACGCCCAGCCGGGACCCUGCGGAGCUUGACCACCCAGAACUGGGCGACCACGCCUACCCCCUGCGCCUGCGGACAGGCCAGCUCCGAAAAGCGCCCAGAGGACCUGCAGGCCCCGCCCCACGGGGCGGGGCCUAGAGGCUCAUCGCGCCUGCGCCGAGGCCCGAGGGCGUGCUGCGCCGUUACUUUUGAAACGAGUGGCGGGGAACUGCUGUGGGCGUCUCCGCCGUCGCUCUCUGCCGGGGGGAAGCGCACUCCUUCGUCUGUAGGACUGGCCAUGGCGCUGCAGCUCUCCCGGGAGCAAGGCAUCACCCUGCGCGGGAGCGCCGAAACCGUGGCCGAGUUCUUCUCAUUUGGCAUCAACAGCAUUUUAUAUCAGCGUGGCAUAUAUCCAUCUGAAACCUUUAAUAGAGUGCAGAAAUAUGGACUCACCUUGCUUGUAACAACGGAUCCUGAGCUCAUAAAAUACCUAAAUAAUGUGGUGGAACCGCCGAAAGAUUGGUUAUACAAGUGUUCAGUUCAGAAACUGGUGGUUGUCAUCUCAAAUAUUGAAAGUGGUGAGGUACUUGAAAGGUGGCAAUUUGAUAUUGAGUGUGACAAGACUGCCAAAGAUGACAGUGCACCCAGAGAAAAGUCUCAGAAAGCUAUCCAAGAUGAAAUCCGUUCAGUGAUCAGACAGAUCACAGCUACGGUGACAUUUCUGCCACUAUUGGAAGUUUCUUUUACUCCUUCAUUCAUCAGAUAUAUCCUAAAUACCUACUACAUGCGAGAUGCUGUUCUGGGCACUGGGAUACAGCUGUCACAGAACCAAGGUUCAUUUGAUCUACUGAUACAUACAGACAAAGAUUUGGUUGUACCUGAAAAAUGGGAAGAGUCGGGACCACAGUUUAUUACCAAUUCUGAGGAAGUCCGUCCCUUCGUUUAUUUACUACUACAAUCCACAAAGUAAAUAGCAUGGUGGCCUACAAAAUUCCUGUCAAUGACUGAGGAUAAGAUAAGGACAGUGAUGUACUUAUAACUCUCAGAUGUGGUUUUCCUGAAACCAAGUCAACUAUAGUUGAUACAUUUUGUUUCACUGGUUAAUUUUUAGAUGGGGAAACUUAACAUUAUACUUCUAUUGAACUGUGCAUAAUUGUUCCAUUUUUUGGUACCUGUAUGACUUUAUACAGGGUUGGUAUAAAUUAUUGCACAUUGUUCAGAAGGGAACUAGCAGAUUACAUCAACAUUGUUAAUGUCAAUUCCUUUAAAGGUGGUAACUGUAGAUGGAAAGCUUUUGCCUAAAGCUAAAUGCCUUCUUAAACCUUUUGGUCAAGUACCUUGAUUCGGAAUAUAGGUAGGGAGAUAUUUAAAUAUAAAAUACAGCAAAAGAAGUCCGAAUAUUCAGAGUCUUUGUUUAGAUCCUGAAAUUAUCUAAUGAUAAUCUGUAAGUAAUGAAAUACUUCUCCUGUUAGGUCCUUUUGCCAUUUAUUUUAUUUGUAUAUUUUCUGUAUUAAAAGCAUUUCCAAUUAUUUGAUUUUAAUUUAUAUAACUUGAACUUACAAAGCUAUGUAUAUUGCCACUGUUUAAAUUCCUGUGAUACAGAACACUUAAACAUUUCUUUUUAUGUUUUAUAAAAUCAAGCUUUAAAUGAUGUAAUAAAGUUAAGUAUGUAUAUUUUAAUUUGUCUUAACAUAUUUUUAUAUUGGUGUGGUAUUAACACAGUUAAAUAGUAGGAUGGAUUCAGUAUAGCAAAUAAUAUCUUGUACCUACCAGGGCCUAAGAAUACAAACUUGAGUCAGUCUGGAGGUGCUUUCAAUUUAAUGGACAAGCUUUGAUUAUACCCCUUUAAUCUUAUAACUGUGGACUUAAAAUAAGCAUCAUUGUUUGUAUAAAAUAAUACAUGUCAUUUGUUAGCGUAUGUUGGGCUGUAGAACUUUUCUAUACUCCUAGCCUUAUUGCUAGCCUAGUCUUCCUUAUUUUGCCAAGGUCAGUUGAAGGCAGACUUCUAAAAAGUCUCUUCUAAUCUCUGUUCUAAAUCUUAUCUCAUUUUGUAAUAAUUAAGUGCUUAGUAUCAGGCACUGUUCUAAGCUCUUUAUAUGUAUUAACUCGUUAAUCUUCACUAUAAAGUAAAAACACAUAGCCUGUAUCCAUUCCUUCAAAAAUUACAAAGUGAACACCUGUUAACGUGCCACGUAUUGGGAUGAAUGAAACAGGGUCCUGGCCUUUCUGAAGUUUGAGAUAUGAAGGAGAGGAAAGUACAUGGCAAGCUUCCAAGAAGUAACUACACAGAUUUAUCACAUAUGUAUUUGUCUUUGUUAUUUCACCUGAAUGAUCUGUUUGAUCCUGUUGCCUGCUUGUUAAGAAUAAAGGGCAAUUCUCUCACUACAAGACAAGUGUAGGUCCCCGUAUUUGAUGAUGGGUGUAGUGAAUGCUGUUGCGAAAGCCCAUUCCCUUGAGAGUUGAAGCUAUCUAAUUUUAGAGGUCCACCCACAACUCUUGCCUGAAUAAGAAAAGUAGUUAUGCAGAAAUGGAAAUGAUUUUGAAUUAGGUAUGGUCAAGAGUCUGGUUUUCCAACAUGAGAUAUAGUACAAAGUGGUCACUAGUAAGAUUAAAACAUUUGAAUUCUUGGCUGUACAUAACCUUCAUAACAUGACACAUUAGGUUGAGAAAGAAAGCAGAAAUGGAAGUUCAGUAGAAAUAUGGAGAGAGUUGAAAAUUCUGGAACUACUUUUGGGACAAAAGUUUGAAAUUCUUUUCAGAAAGCAGUAACUGCUUUAGGAAACACAAUGCCUCUGCUAAAUGGCCGGAAAUAAUGUGGUUCUUCCCCCACAAAAGCUCACUGGUAGCAACUUUCUUAAUAUAUCAUUGAUAAUACUUAAAUUUCUGUCAUUUGUGUUUUUAUUUACCAAAUUAAAUGACCCUAAUAUUAUCACUUUUAAUUUGUGAUUUCUAACAUUGCUAAUUUCCCCCCCUUAUAGAUUAUGUAUCAUUUAAGAAAUACAAAUACAAAGCUAUGAGCUUUGUUGGUAAAGCUCAAUUGGAAAAGCUUUGGCCUAUGGCUCCAGCUAAACUUGUCCUGCCUUCUUUCCUCUACCUUGAAGCUCACCUUAGGAGGGAGAUAUUUAAACCAACAGGUUCAAGAAUUGGGAAUGACUGAUGAGUACUGGGUGUUACAUGUAGGUGAUGAAUCACUAAAUUCUCCUGAAACUAAUAUUACAGUAUAUGUUAAUUAAGUAGAAUUUAAAUAAAGAUUUGCUAGGAAAAAAAAAAAAACAAAACGUGCGUGACUUCCAUACCAUGUGAAACAGAGAAGCCAAGAUUCCAAGAGAGUCUGAUAGGCCUCUGAUAGGCCUGGCCUGGACUCUGACUCGGUUUUGCUUACCAUAGGUACAGGAAUGAAAACAACAUGUUCCGAUUGGGCCUGUCGAGGUCUGAAACAGAGCCCCAGAUGGGACUGAACCACACCCGGUCUUCAGGACUCUUCUCCCAGUGUCAUCAAUUGGACAGGGAAGUCAAGCCUGGAUGGGAAUUUUACACAGAGGUAUAACGAUCUCAUGUUUUAGUUGGCUUUCGCUUCAUAGCAAACAACCAUAGAAUAACCGUAAGCAUUUUUUUUUUUUCCUGUAAGUCUGUGGAUUAUCUGGGGUGCUUGUUUUAUUCUCAUGCAAAUCUGCAGGUCACAUGUUUCAUUCUACCAUUGAAGGGGCAAUAGCUAGCCAGGACUUUUAAAGCUUAGUUUCCAAACUUUGACACUGACAUUUUUGCCCACAUUCCACUGAUUUUGGCCAAGUCUUGUGGCUGAGCCAAACUUCAGUGGGGCAGGGAAGUAUACUCCUCCCAUGGAGUUGGGGAAAGGGGUAUGUGAAAAUGUGAUGAAAGUGAUAAUAUUAUUAUUAGACAGGACAGAUCAGAAUAGCUAUAAUGCCGCAUUGUAACUCAUUUUCCACCAGAUGUCACUAAUGCUGCAAUAUUCAAAUUAAGGUGAACUUUUGACUUUAAAGGCUGUAAUAUUCAGCUUUUCUUACUGGAAAUUAACAGUGGGAUUUCUGGCUACAAAAAUAUAGACAUCCAAGGAAGGAAAUACAGCAUCUGUAGUUGGCUAAGCACUUCACAUGAAUUAUUUAAUUUAAUUCUCAUGCUUUAGUGCACAAGUAGAAUUGCGGAAUCAGCGGGCGUGCAAACUGCACUACAUUUUUUAGAGUUUAGAUGGGUCUCUUCUGUCCAUGACCAAGGAAGCUCAUCUGGCUCCUCAGCAAGCACAUCAAAAGGAGUGUUUCUUCACCCGUUUCCUAAUGGCUCUUACCUUUGACAUCCUCUUAGCAAUUGAGUGUCCAGAGCAAACUGGUUUUCAUUUACUCCGCUUUACAAAACUCUACGUCUCUUUGGGUGCAUUUGUAUUUACACUUUCCUCAGAUGACUUCCUGUAACUUAUCCAUAUUGUGCAAAGAAUAAAUCAAGUGUGCAUUUGUGAGCAGUUGUGAAACACUUUACCCACUAGUCAAAAGAAUUGUUCGUUAAGUAACCUCAGUUACUCUUUAGGGAAUUAAUUUUUGGCUAAAGUUGUAAAUAAUAAUUUCUUAUUCUUGUUUUAAUUAAAUAUGUGAAAUUAGAUUUUAAGUUAUUUUGUUCAGUGUAACCGUGAUAAAAACUUGUGUUGGAAUAACUAUGGAAUAGAAAUGCUGCUAAAUUCCAAAUUUUAUGAGCUACAUUUUCUAAGAACAGAUCUUUAAAGAUCUUUCCAUUCUUCACGAACAUGGCUUUGAAAGCCAGCAGUAUUAACUGAUGCUUAUUAAAAAAAAUCUAGUUGGGAAAGCUACUUAAUCUUCAUUAGAGUUGACAAUGCUGUUCCAAUCUGGCAAAAACACUGUAGCCUUAGCAACAAAACUAUUAGAAAAGGCCUAGAGAGAAAAAUGUCAAGAGUUGACCCUCUGAUUACACAAGUCAGUUUAUGUUACCGUUUCACCUAUUUUUGUGCUCUUACCAUUUGAUCUAUUUUUAUACUAGAGAAACAUCAUUUCAUUUAUUUGUAUAAAGUCCAUUGUCAUCUGCGUUUAUCUGCACCAUUUUGCUAUGCAAGCUUGUUUGCACAAAGGUACACAUCCUAUCAAAAUCUUUAUUGUUUUGGCAUUUUAUCUGUGCUGAAAAAGGCCUCUGAAUAUAAGCACGACCGCUCAGGCUCCACUUCCAUGCAAGGGAAAGAUGCCAAACCUCUUUAAAAACUAUCUAGAUAGGGACAUGCCCAGUGGAUACCUAGACAUGGAUGUGAAUUUCUUUCUGAAUGGCAGUCUCGCUGACUCACACGCAUUUCCUUUAAUCCUCACAACAACCCUAGGAAGGUUAUUGUUGCCAUUUUACACACGUAAAACCUGAGAUUCAGGGAGCCUAGGUAAUUUGCCCAACUUCAAACAUCCAGAAUCUGUCCCCAGGCCCGACCCCAAGGCCAAUAUUCUUUCUAGUAUAUCUCCUUGCUUCUCAGAGACUAGGGAACAAAGGAGGGUGCCCCUGCUCCAGUGUGCACAGACUCAGCCAAAAAGACUAGACUGCUACAUGACUCUAACCCCAAGUUGGGGAAGGAGAACUCAACAGUAUUUUGAGUAUCAAGUUUCAUUAAUUUUUUAAAAAACACUUUUUCAUAACAAGCGAUCAUUAAAUGUUUAUAUACACACAGUAUUUUGCUGUACCAUAGCUGCAUGCAUCUUCUUCCAUCAACAUUUUCUUCUCUCAUUCUUUCACUUGUUUUUGUAACUACAUGCUGUGUUGGAAUUUGAACGAGUGAGAAAUAGAGGAGACAGAAGGCGAUUGAGAUGUAUGUUAUCAUCCAAAUCAUGGGGUUCCCUAGCAAAGCUGGGUAGAGUGAGGCUUAGAUCUCAAGCAGAAACAGGGUUUGCUACUACACCUCCAGAAAUGAGCCGGGAAUGGCCAGGCAACUGCAGGCAUCCUCGCGCAAGCCCACUCCAACAUGGGAGCAAGAAGCCCUGCGUCCUGAACGCCAAGGGCACAAUAAGAAAGCACUUGACUCGAACUCCUAUAAGUCUUAGAAAGGUCUUUUCUCUGUUGCUUGGAAUGGUGUGAGAGAGACAGUGGAGAGAGGGGCCCCAGAUCUCUGCCCAACAGCACCUUCUGUCAUCAGGAUUGGAAUGGAGACCUGGAGAGUGGAGUAGCAUGCAUCCCUCUCGUUGAAUAUUUGCCAGCUUUUUAAGCUUUUUAGUGUAUUACACUGUGCGUUCCACGGGCGUCCUGUGAGUUGCUUUAGGUAGCAUGCUCACGGGCAUUUUUUUUUUAAUUUUAGUAACUAUGUAUUUUAAUCUGUAUUCAGAAAAACGUAUAACAUGUUCUAACACAUUACCAUGAGCGAAGAUUCUAAAGUCCACUCUGAAUGUUUAAAGAAAAACAUAUCAGUAUUUUGUAUGGAUGAUGCAAAUGUAGACAAGGUAAGAAGGCCGCGCACACACGAUGGGAGGCUGAGAACCAAUGUCGUAGCCCUUUGUGCUCCAGCCUCCGAAGGGAGCCAGGGCAGCAGUCCCCUUAGCGGAGCCGCGCCUGCUCCCGCUACUGCUGCGCUCACACACGCCUGAACUCGCCUCCUCCCCACAGAGUCCUUCUGGAACUGCUGAAGGGCAUCUUGCUUUCUGCCCACAAAAGACUCCGGCCCCAUGAGUCCGGUAGAACGCCAUGCAGCACGCUAAGCUGAAAGUUAACUCUCCGGUCCAUUUCGUAUCACUAAUUAGGUCCAGUCAUGUUGUCCAAAGUGGCUCACCAGACUUUGAUGAAAUGAACACAGAGACUGUAUCCACACGAAAAUGUCCCAAAUUUGAACAAUAGGACACUCUUUGUUUAUGACUCCACUUCCCCCCAAACUAAAUCCCCUCACAAAAGCCCAUAGAAAUUAAAGUCCAAGUGCCUUCAUUCUCAAUCGUAUACAGUUGGCUCAGUGUCAGCCAGAGGCUUUUACGCAGAGCCUGGGUUCCGGUAGCUGUAGCGGUGUCCUGGGAUUUCACAGGAAUGGGCGUAGCUUCUUCAGCCUCUUCAAAGUUGGUUCGAACCUUGAAUUAGUUCUAGUCUCCAAGGGCCCAGCAGUCACAAAAGAGACUGCAUCUCCCCUAUAGAAGUUGUCACAAACAAAACUGUGGUCCCCCAAUUAAGUGAAUAGGUAAUGGCGUGGCAGGUAACUUAGUGCUCCCUCUAUUGGAGACAGCGAGGACCUGGGAACUGUUGGGUUUCAGUCCCAGGGCAAGCCAGCCAGAGGCACCCGCCUUGAGUCCACAGCCUGUGAGUCCGUAUUCACUGAGCACACAGCGCCCAGCAACCGUUGUGCUUCCACAUGUUUAAUAUGUGUGUGUAUUUCUUUGUGUUUGUUGUUGUUACUGUUUUGUUUUGGUGACUCGUGUGUAGUCAUCUCCCAUAUAUAUUGCCUACUUUCAGGGAGGGACCUUUUCUUUUUUUU